AUGUCUGCACGCGGGUCUUUGUUGUUUCUUGCUGCGAACGCUAUCGGCGCCCUUGGUAGUCCUGUCGCCUUACGCGAUGUCACACCUGCUGCUGCUACAGUCUCUGCGGACUCACCUGCCGGCGUUGCUCUUUUCCCCUUGGAGACAGUUCAAUUGACCGACGAGGCCUUGAAGACAGCGGAUAGCCAAACCAGCGAGGUCGAUGUGGGUGCGCUCUUUGGCUUCGACGGUGGCAACGAGACAAAGGCUAUUGCAAAGCGCGCACUCCGCAGUGGUCAAUGCAAAGCCUUUCCAGGUGAUUCAAACUACCCGAAGGAAUGGGUGUGGUCUGUCUUCGACCUCUUGCUUGGAGGAGCACUCAUCAAGACUACUCCUAUCGCUGCGCCUUGCUACAAGAAUUCAGCCUGGAACGACUAUGACGAGGGAAAAUGCGCAGACAUUUCGGCCAGAUUCACCACGGCCGAUCUGCACACGAGUGACCCAACCUCAAUGAUGUGGCCGCUCUUCCAGGGUCGUACCUGCAUGCCUACCGACGAUCCCAGUGGUACCUGCACGCUAGGUGGUUAUGCCUCUUACUCCAUUGAUGUCACGAACGUUGCGCAGGUGCAGCUUGGCGUCAACUUCGCUCGAAAUAUGAAUCUAAGGUUGACCGUUAAAAACACUGGCCAUGACUAUAUUGGAAAGUCGUCCGGCGCAGGUGCUCUAAGUCUAUGGACGCACAAUCUCAAAGACAUCCAGUUCAUCAAGAACUACAAGUCGGCUGAGUACAACGGCCCGGCUUUCAAAGCUGGUGCUGGUGUCCAAGGGUUUGAGAUUCUGGAAGCUGCUCGCGACCACGAUGUCACUGUCCUGGCUGGUAUUUGUGAGACUGUGGGAUGGAGUGGUGGCUAUGUUGCCGGAGGUGGCCACUCGCCUCUUGCAUCCAUCUACGGUAUGGCUGCUGACCAAGUUCUCGCCUAUAAGGUUGUCACCGCCGAUGGACGCUUCGUAACUGCCUCUGACUCUAUCAACUCUGAUCUUUUCUGGGCCCUUCGUGGCGGAGGAGGUGGAACUUUCGGCGUUGUUACCUCUGUCAUUGCCAAAGCUCACCCUAGAAUUCAAGUUACCAAGUCCGUCUUCUCUUAUCAGGCUCCGGUCAACGACUCCGCCAACUUCUGGAAGGGCGUCAACGCUUACAUGAAGCGCUUCCCCGAGUUUACCAAUGCAGGUACCUAUUCAUACUUCUGGAUCUGGAACUACGGUACCUCGCUCGACUUCCAGAUGACUCCCUUCUUUGCGCCAAACCAUACCAUCGAGUCUUUCAAUGCGCUGACCAAAGAUUACUUCGAUGACCUCAAGUCAUUUAACAUCUCUGUAACCCCCAACACUACCUAUUAUGAGAACUUUUACUCCGCCAACAAAGGAUCAUGGGGCGCAGAUACUCUUGGUGUGACAAACAUUCGUCAAGCUACCCGUCUUUUCCCCAAGAGCCUUUGGGAAACCGAAGCAAAGUUUAACUCCUUUUACACCACAAUCAAGAACACAGUGAUGAACGGUCACACUGUCGGUGGCUACCACAUGGCUCCGGGAAACCCCUCAAAUGUCGACAAUGCUGUCAACGAGGCAUGGCGUAAUACCCAGUCUUUCCUCAUCACCGCCAAUCUAGUCCCAGAAAAUGCGACCGCAGCUCAAUUUGCAGAAGCUUCCGACUACCUUACCUACGAUAUCAUGGACUCAUGGCGUGCUGUGGCUCCGGCUUCCGAGGGAGGCGGUGUCUACCUCAAUGAGGCGGAUAUCCAGGAGCCAAACUGGCAAACCGACUUCUAUGGAGCGAAGCACUACCCCAAGCUUCUCGCCAUCAAGAAGAAGUGGGACCCCAAGGGUGUGUUUUAUGCUACCACAGCUGUUGGGAGUGAGGAUUGGGUCGUCAAAGAUGGUGACCAAGGCGCCCAAACUCAGAACGGUCGCUUAUGCCGAGUGUAA